GGGGCCUCGGAGCACGGCGGAACCAUGCCCAAGUCCAAGCGGGACCGCAAAGUGUCCCUGACGCGGACGCCCCGCAAGGGGCUGGAGGCCAAGCAGGCGCUGAUCGCCGAGCUGCGGCGCUGUGUGGACACCUACAAGUACAUCUUCGUCUUCUCCGUGGCCAACAUGAGGAACAACAAGCUGAAGGACGUGCGGAACGCCUGGAAGCACAGCAGGAUCUUCUUCGGCAAGAACAAGGUGAUGAUGGUGGCGCUGGGCCGGGAGCCGAGCAGCGAGUACAAGGAGAACCUGCACAAGGUCAGCAAACACCUGAGAGGGGAGGUGGGGCUCCUCUUCACCAAUCGCACCAGGGACGAGGUGGAUGAGUGGUUCUCCAGGUUCCGGGAGCUGGACUUUGCCCGUGCUGGGAACAGGGCGCCGUACGGGGUGAGCCUGGACACGGGGCCCCUGCAGCAGUUCCCCCACUCCAUGGAGCCACAGCUGCGGCAGCUGGGGCUGCCCACGGCCCUGAAGAAAGGGGUGGUGACGCUGCUUUCGGAUUAUGAAGUGUGCAAGGAAGGAGAUGUUCUCACCCCAGAACAGGCCCGUGUGCUGAAACUCUUUGGCUAUGAGAUGGCAGAGUUUAAAGUCACCAUGAAGUUCCUGUGGAAUUCUGAGACUGGAGACUUCCAGAAGCUCGUGGAAGACACAGCAGAGGAGGAGGAAGAGGAAGAGGAUGAUGAUGAUGGCAGCAAUGAGGACUAACAGCUUGGACACCAGACAGUUCUAUUUUAGGGACAAAAGGAGGGGGACAUUUCCCUUCCCUGGGUGCACCUGGACUGGGAUGAUCUUCAUAUACAGUGACCUAACUAUGCUUUUUUUAUAUUUAUAUAAAUACCUAUGUGAAACUUCAGAUGGUUGUUGCCCUGCCUGUUACUGUUGGUGUAUUCUGGGAUCUGAGGAAAUGCCAGCUCAAACAUGAGAACUGGGCAGAAAGAGUGUAAAUGUAAUGGAACUUUGAUAUAGCACAAACAGAAAGAUGCUGGGGGUUUAUUAUUCUGACACAGAAGAUACUUAGCUCAAUCCUUGGAACUUUGCCUUAUCCCUGGCAGUGUCCAAGGCCAGGCUGGAUAGGGCUUGGAGCACCCUGGGAUAGUAGAAGAU